AUGGUUUUGGAAGCUGGUUCAAAUCCGAUAGAGACCAUAAAACACCCCGGCGAGUUUGACACAAUGUUGAAAACGGUUCUGUAUCCCAAAAACUACGAUUCAGUUUCGGGAUGGAUUCCCGAUGUCGGUGACGGAGAAGAUUUAAAAGACCCGGUCAGAACUGUAGCAAAUGACGCAGACCUUGCUAGGAUAAGGGUAGUUGCUAGAAACACACUGGAAAGAGUGUCUCGCGGAGUAAAUCACGGAUUUGAGAAACGAGCGCUUCAAUACAACAAUGUUGUCGAGAACAACAGAUGGGGUAAUUACGUAAAUUGGAAGUUGUAUCCUUUAUUUGGUCUCUUGGAACACAGAAAGGUUUCCAUAGGUUUGCCGUAUAAAAUUCAUUUGCAAAGAGAAAUCAACGACAACAAGAUAUUCUUUGGUGAAAACAACUCUGACGCAAAAUUGGAAAUAACGAAUAUCCAACUUUACAUACCGGUAAUCACUCCUUCCGUAGAAGUGGAAACGAGAAUAUUCAACUCUUUAACCAAAGACAUCGAAAUUGCUUUUCUUCGUCGUAACACGGUAGGUAGCAUGACUUUAAUGGGAGAAUCCACCACGUGGCCAAUCACCAACACCGUCAAACCAGCGAGAUAUCUAAUGGUCGGUUUCAAAAACUUACCAGACUCGCAGACAAACAACAACAACAUUUUCAGAGUGGCAUUGAACCAUACUCAAGACCCCAUCAUUCGCAAAGUUCAAGUCAGAUUGAACAACGAUAAUUAUCCCAAUCAACCUUUGACAAUUGAUCCUUCCAAAAAAGAUUACAACGAAUUGUACAGAAACUAUAAAAACAUGUGCGAAUUGUUUGGAAAUACUCCUCAGUUUGAAUACACAGAUUUUUCACUCAAUCAUCCAAUCUUGUCAGCUCAUCAAGAAGAUCUUUUCAAAACAGGGGUAAACAUAAAUAUUCACAUUGAAAAAACACAAGGAGAUGUAACCGGUUACUGUUUAUUGCUGGAAGAAGCAAAACAUUUGAUUAAAAUAUCAGAUAGAAGAAUGAUAAGAAUUGAAUAA